GUAUGCCUAUGUGUAUUUACUAUUUUGAUUUGUUAUAGGUGGUUAUAGGCGACGAUGGCUGUCAAAGAGAAAUCAUUGGAAUCAAACGAUGAAUUCGAGUGGAACGUGGAAAAUGAGAUACAGCUUUUUUUCGCAAUGAAUGGCCACAAGCCAGUAGGGGUGAACAAGUAUUUCCACAUGGUUUGCAUAUGGGAGAAAUUUCGUGCUGCUACUCACAAAGAUAUUUCUUUGAAACCAAUUUGGGAUCAUCUCGAAUCGAUGUACGAUUUGAUGGCUUUGGAUGACAUGGAAGAUUUACCGUUUCCCAGUAACGAAGUGGAUUUCAAUCUACCUGAAGGAGAGUUCCACAAUUUGAUGAAAUCGUCCCGUAAGAAAGAAGAACCAGAGAGCAACAAGAGCAAAGAACAAAAAGACAAAUUUAAAGAUGUUGCCAAAAAAGAAAAAGACUUGAAAGAAACUCCCAAAAAAGAUUCACUGCCUAGAGAUCAGAAAAUAACUAAAGAAGCUGAAAAAAAGAAAGAGGAAGUUAAGAAAGUCGUCAAAGAACCAGAAAUCAAGAAAGAUAAACAGAGAGACAUCAAAGAUGUCAAAAAAGAUUAUAAAACUUCAAAAUCAAGACCAAAAGGGAAAGAUGAAAUUGAAGAAGCUUCACCAACUUCUGCAAUAAAAAAAGAAAGGAAAGACUCUGGCUCGAGUCGUGAAGAAUUGAAAAGAGUGCCAAAACGGCCUACCAGGCAGAGCAUCGAUAACACUUCCAAAACAUCCUCCAGUCCAAGAGACACUCCGCCGUUAAAACGACGGCGCAUUUAACUACAUUCCUCUUGUUCUCUCUUUCCCUCAUAUUUAAAUUUCAUGAAAAAAUUCUACCCAGUAUUGUUGGAUCACCGAAAAAUUUGAGAACAUUUUCUCAACACAUCUACACUUUAUAAUAAAAAUGUUUUUUCACUGUAGUAAUUACAAUUCACGCUAUGUACAUAAAAUACUCUUUUUGUAAUAAAUUAGUCAUGUUGCCAAUACUA